AUGUCGACCCUUGAAGAUCUCGAUGACUUGGAGCGCGAUGAGAAGGACCAGAAGAAGGACAACGAGGACAAGGACAAGAAACCUGCUGGCGGCGAGGCAAAUGAUGCCGAGAUGAAGGAUGCAGAGCCUGGCAAGAAAGACGAAGAGGAAGAUUACAUCGACAAGGAAAUCCUGCACUCCAGUACAAGAGACGUCAUCAACCGGCGACGGUUACUCGAGAACGAAUUGAAGAUCCUUAAGAGCGAGUUCCAACGGCUGAAACAUGAAGAGACCACGAUGAAAGAAAAGAUCAAGGACAACUUGGAUAAAAUUGAGCAGAAUAGGCAAUUGCCGUACCUUGUGGGCAAUGUGGUCGAGCUACUUGAUCUCGACGUUGACGCCGAAGCCGCCGAAGAAGGCGCAAACAUUGAUCUCGAUGCCACUCGAGUGGGCAAAUCCGCCGUGAUCAAGACGAGCACUCGCCAGACCAUCUUCCUGCCGCUCAUCGGCCUGGUGGACCACAACAAACUCAAGCCUGCUGACCUUAUCGGCGUCAACAAAGACUCAUACCUUGUGUUGGACACGCUGCCGGCCGAGUACGAUUCCAGAGUCAAGGCUAUGGAGGUGGAUGAGAAGCCGACCGAGAAGUACACAGACGUUGGUGGUCUUGACAAACAAAUCGAGGAGCUUGUGGAGGCGGUGGUAUGGCCAAUGAAAGAGGCCGAGAGAUUCAAAAAGAUUGGCAUCAAGGCCCCUAAAGGUGCUCUCAUGUACGGGCCACCGGGAACAGGAAAGACCCUUCUUGCUCGUGCCUGCGCUGCUCAGACCAAUGCCACGUUUCUCAAGCUCGCCGGCCCUCAACUCGUCCAGAUGUUCAUCGGUGAUGGUGCCAAACUUGUCCGAGAUUGUUUCGCCCUGGCGAAGGAAAAGGCGCCGUCGAUCAUUUUCAUUGAUGAGCUUGACGCCGUCGGGACGAAACGAUUCGAUUCGGAAAAGAGCGGUGACCGAGAGGUUCAGCGGACCAUGUUGGAGCUGCUGAACCAGCUGGAUGGAUUUGCGUCAGAUGAGAGAAUCAAGGUGCUUGCCGCCACCAACAGAAUCGACGUGCUCGACCCUGCCUUGCUACGGUCGGGCCGACUGGAUCGCAAGAUUGAGUUCCCACUCCCCAAUGAAGAGUCACGCGCACAAAUUCUCCGAAUACACUCUCGAAAGAUGACCAUCGACGAAGGUAACAUCAACUGGGGAGAGUUGGCACGAUCGACCGACGAAAUGGGCGGUGCACAACUCAAGGCAGUGUGCGUUGAAGCGGGGAUGAUCGCACUUCGCAAAGGACACUCAAAGGUCCUUCACGAGCAUUUUGUCGACGGCAUCAACGAGGUGCAGGCGAAAAAGAAAGACACGGUCAACUUUUAUGCAUAG